AUGGUCAGCACCGACGAGAGGGACCUGGACCUCUUCAUCUCGAUCUUCUUCCCCCACCCGGUGCGAUUCCGCAAGGAGUGGAGCCAGGUGAACACGCGCGCGGGAGCCACCACCUCGCCCCUGUACGUCUGGAACUCCGCGUCGUCGGUUGCGCCCAGCGAUGACUACGUGACCCUUGGGGUGGUUGCCACCACGGACGGGCUGGAGCCGCCCCUCAGCUCGAUGCGCUGCGUCCCGAGGUACUGGUGCAACUCCAUACCGCAGGAGAAGGUCUCGCGGCUGUGGAGCAACGCUGGCCUCGGGGGCGCGGAGGCCUGCCUGUACUCCAGCGCCAGGGACUGGCCCUCCCAGUUCGAGGUUGCUUCUGGCAGCAUGGCCUCCUUGGCGCCCGAGCUCUUCGCAGUGGCACCCGGCGCGCAGUGGCACCUGGAGCUGCCCGAGAAAGAUCCGGAGACCAGCCCCCCUCUGGUCCCCCGCCCGCAGGAGAAGGCGGCGACUCCUCGUGGCUCCCGUGGCUCGGGCGCCAAGGACCCAGGCCGCGCCGCCGCCCCCGCUGUGGCGGGGACGCCCGCGGCGGCGCAGCCUCCGCGGCCGCCGGUCAACGACGAGCCGCCGGCCUUGGAAGAGCCUCGGCGGCUGCCGCCGCGGAACACGCCUGCGCCGGGCAAGGAGGACCCUCGUGUCGCGGCCAAAGCCGAAGAGGAAGCUGACCGGCAUGCUGUGCUGCGGCGCCAAGUCCAUGCCUUCCGACCCAGACGACCUGCCCGACGACGCGGUGAGAAUCAAGAGUGA